AUGGUUAUUUCUUUCCAUUCAUUUCUUUCCAUUCUCCUUUUUUUAAUUUUUUUCUUUGUCCUUUGCCUGUCAUUUGUCCAUUCUUGUUUCAUGGUUGUUUCUUUCCUUCUUUCUUGUAUUGUGUUUGUUUCUUUCUUGUUUUGUAUUUGUUUCUUUCUUGCUUUGUGUUUGUUUUUUUCUUGUGUAUUUGUUUCUUUCUUGUUUUGUGUUUGUUUCUUUCUUGUUGUGUGUUUGUUUCUUUCUUGUUUUGUAUUUGUUUCUUUCUUGUGUUGUAUUUGUUUCUUUCUUGUUUUGUGUUUGUUUCUUACUUGUGUUGUGUUUUUGUUUCUUUCUUGUUGUGUUUUUGUUUCUUUCUUGUUGUGUGUUUGUUUCUUUCUUGUUUUGUAUUUGUUUCUUUCUUGCUUUGUGUUUUUGUUUCUUUCUCGUUUUGUGUUUGUUUCUUUCUUGUUUUGUGUUUGUUUCUUUCUUGUUCUUUAUUUGUUUCUUUCUUUUUUGUUUUUGUCUUUUUCUAUAUUUCUUUCUUGCUUCUGUUUUGUUUCUUUCUGGUUUGUUUUUCUUUUUUCUUGUUUCUUUCCUUUUGUUUCUUUCUGCUUGUUUCUUUUGUUUCAGUAA